CCAUCCGCUUGAAGCCCUCGUGGUUUCAGCCCAGACUCAGAGGCAUCGUCUUCUGCAAGCGAAGGCCCGACUCGGAAGAAGUUGUUCAGAUGGAUUUUCAUUUAACGCAGCCGUGAUUCUCCCUUUUUCUCUCAGCCUCGAAAAGGAAGAAACCAACCCACAGAAACAAGACUCGCCGAUAACUGUACCCAGAUUCCAAUUCUUCUAUCCCCUCGAUUUUCUACUUCACUGGUGAUUUUGGUGCUUAUCAAGUUUGUUUGUUGAAUGACAAUAUCUGUAACGUGAAGCAGUCAUGGCAGAUGGUUCGGAAGUUGAGGAGCGGGUGGAUCUUGAAGAGGACAAUUACAUGGAAGAGAUGGAUGAUGAUGUGGAAGAACAUGUAGAUGAGGAUGGAGUAGAUAGGAGAGACAGCGAACAUCCAGAAGAGGAUGUUGGAGAAGUACGUGAAGAGCCUCAAGUUGGGACCAACACAGAAGAUGGUAGAGAUAACGUAUCUAUAGAAUCUAUAGAAAAUAGAGAAAAGUCUGCUUCUUUGUUAGAUGAAGAUGACCUAGAGAAGCACGCUCAGCUUCUUGCGCUUCCUCCCCACGGAUCUGAAGUUUUUAUCGGUGGACUUUCACGGGAUGUUUUAGAAGAAGAUUUGAGAGACUUGUGUGAAUCACUAGGUGAAAUAUUUGAGAUAAGGAUAAUUAAGGACAGAGAUUCUGGUGAAAGCAAAGGUUAUGCUUUUAUAUCGUUUAAAACCAAAGAGGCUGCACAAAAGGCUAUUGAGCAUUUGCAUAGUAAAGAAGUCAAGGGUAAAACGAUAAGGUGUUCUCUGUCUGAUUCUAAACACAGAUUAUUUAUCGGUAAUAUCCCAAAAAGUUGGACAGAGGAUGAGUUUAAGGGACUUAUUGAAGGGGUUGGUCCUGGCGUUGAAAACAUUGAGCUUAUUAAGGAUCCUCAGAACCCAAGCAGAAACCGUGGCUUUGCAUUUGUUCUGUAUUAUAACAAUGCAUGUGCUGAUUAUUCAAGGCAGAAAAUGUCCAGUGUGAAUUUUAAGCUGGAUGGAAAUUCCCCAACUGUUAGUUGGGCUGACCCAAAAAGUACGCCUGAUAAUUCUGCCGCUGCUCAGGUGAAGGCUCUUUAUGUGAAAAAUAUACCUGAGAACACUACUACUGAGCAAUUGAAAGAACUGUUUCAGCAGCAUGGGGAAGUAACAAAAGUGAAUAUGCCACCUGGAAAAGGUGGGAAUAGUAAACGGGAUUUUGCAUUCAUCCAUUAUGCUGAGAGGUCAAGUGCAUUGAAGGCUGUUAAAGAGACAGAGAAAUAUGAAAUUGAAGGCCAAGUGUUGGAGGUUGUCCUUGCUAAGCCUCAAAGUGAUAAAAAAUCUGAUGGGGCCUAUUCCCAUAUAUCUGGGAGUCAUCCAAACCAUCUUCUUCACGGUGGAUAUGGUGGAAAUCCAUACGGUUCCUUAGGUGGGUAUGGUGUUACUGCUGGCUUCCAUCAGUCAGCAACCCGGAGUAUCGAUGCCACCUCCUCGAUCUCGAAGAAGUGAGAGGAGCAAUGGCUCAGGUGGGGGAGCAACAGGUCGUUCAGGAGGUAGUAGCAGUGGUGAUGAAGUCAGCCGUGGUAGAAGGUAUCGACCCUAUUAGUGGUAAAGAACUGAAGACAAUUGUGUCACCAGACAUUAGGCUAAUCACAGGAAAUAACAAAAAAACCCCCACUCAGAAAGAAUGUAAAAGAAACCGAACAACAUAAGAGAGAGCAGAGAGGUUUUGAAUGGCCGAAAAUAUUGCAUUGAGAUCCUUAUUUAGGAUAAAUUGGAGGAUGAUUGCUUUUGUGGCAAUUCUUAUUAGCUUAGAGUUAAACGGAGAAAAUUCUGUGUACCAAAGAAUGCAGUUAAAAGUUCUACUCAAUUUUUAAAGCUUCUGUUCUCGCUCCCAUUUUUGGUGUUCUUUUCCAAGGUGUGAAUCAUGA